AUGUCCAAGCAGCUUCAGUUCAAGCUUGUUCUCCUCGGCGAGUCGGCAGUAGGGAAAUCAAGUUUGGUCCUGCGAUUCGUGAAGGACCAAUUCGAUGAUUAUCGGGAGAGUACUAUUGGAGCUGCAUUCCUUACUCAGACGGUGAACCUCGACGAUGGCAUGACAGUGAAGUUCGAGAUCUGGGAUACCGCCGGACAGGAACGAUACAAGUCCCUUGCCCCAAUGUACUAUAGAAACGCCAACUGCGCAGUGGUCGUAUAUGACAUCACUCAGUCCGCCUCAUUAGAGAAGGCUCGCAACUGGAUUCGCGAGUUGCAGCGUCAAGCUGACCCGUCCAUAGUCAUCGCUCUUUGCGGCAACAAGUCGGAUUUGGCUGCUCGUCGGCAGGUCACUCAGGAGGAGGCACAGAAGUACGCGGAGGAAGAGGGUCUCAUGUGGGCAGAAACAAGUGCCAAGAGUGGCGAGGGUGUAUCGGAUAUCUUCACUGCCAUUGCGAAGAAGCUCCCAACAACUGCACCAGCAGCGUCAAAAACUGGCGCAGGCAGGGCAGGCCCAGCAGGGCGGGCGGGUGUCGACCUCAACAAGCAGCAAGGCGGCGUCGCCAAUGCUGAUGCGUGCAACUGUUAG